AACACCGCACACUACUUCUCCAUAUCCAAAUCCACAAUCUCUUCGAUUUCAUCCCGAUGGCGCAAGCUUUAAAAGUCCCCAAACAGUUUCCAGGACAGCUGAUUUGUGGUGGCGUGGUCCACCAAUUGACAUUACAUGGACCAUAUGGAGGGAACGGUGGUACAUCUUGGAACGAUGGGACCACACACAAUGGAGUUCGAAAAAUCAUCCUUUCAUAUAAGAAAGGGGAAAGUGGAGGCAUCGGGACUUUUUCUGUGAUCUAUUCGGAUGGUACAAAGACCGAACAUAAAAGUGGUGAUAACACCUACACACAAGUGACGAUUGAACUAGACCCAGGGGAGGUCAUAGAAAAGUUGAGUGGAUAUACUGGUGCUGUGCCCGGUGCCCUUACUACUGCUGAAGUAGUACGCUCACUCACAAUUAAGACCAACCAGGAUACCUAUUCAUAUGGAGUUAAAGAAGGAAACGCUUUCAGUACCCCAACAAUCCCAGAUGAUUCCACAAUUGCUGGAUUUGUAGGAAGAACCAGCGGUGAUUACCUGAAUGCUAUUGGGCUUUACGAAAAAUCUUAAGAUAUUUAUGUACCACCGAUGUACUACAUAGUAAAUAAAACAUGACAUCCCUAUGAUGUCUUUGGCUGUAUAAAAUUAGCUCUACAUCUUCCUGUGUGUGUAAUAUAUGAUAAAGUCAGUGUGAUGUUUGAACUAAGCUCUACGUACAGAGCUGAUUAAAUAAAGUUCAGUGAGAAUGUUCCAUAUUUUA